CAGCUCGUUUGUCUUCCUCUGCUUAUACAAUCAAGCUCUCGCUCCCUAUCCAGUCCAGUCUCCAUGAUUAAAAAUUUUUACUUCGCCCUGCACAAUAGUAGAGCAUUUUGCCGGUUGAUUGGUGAGGGCGUACCAUUACUCCAGCUCUCUGGCAGAUGGGAGCAGCUCCAGCCGUGCUUUCUGAAAAGGUGAGUAACAGGAGGUGUAUCUUGCCUCUCGCUGUAGUUUCCAUGCCACUACCAUGAGUUGGAGUUUCCUGACUCGCCUGCUGGAAGAAAUCCACAACCACUCCACAUUUGUGGGCAAGAUCUGGCUCACCGUCCUCAUUGUUUUCCGCAUUGUGCUGACAGCUGUAGGAGGAGAGUCCAUCUACUACGAUGAGCAGAGCAAGUUUGUCUGCAACACAGGUCAGCCCGGCUGUGAGAACGUCUGCUACGACGCUUUCGCUCCACUCUCACACGUGCGCUUUUGGGUCUUCCAAAUCAUUCUGGUGGCCACACCUUCCCUCAUGUACCUGGGCUACGCUGUCAACAAGAUUGCUCGGUCAGAGGAGCAGGCAGACAGUGGGGAGGUGAGUGGAUAUUCACGCAGGAAACCCAAGAAGCAUUAUAUUGCAGCCAGAAAGCAGCAUAGGGGUAUUGAGGAGGCUGAGGAUGACCAAGAGGAAGACCCAAUGAUCUACGAAAAGGCAGAGGUGGAUGGUGAUGGUGGUGGAGCAGCAAAAGGAGGUAGUGUUGAUGGACAAGUAACGCUCAAAGCACGGCAUGAUGGGCGCCAGCGUAUCAAAGAAGAUGGACUAAUGCGCAUAUAUGUGCUUCAGCUCUUGGCCCGCUCCUUGCUGGAGGUGGCUUUCUUGUGUGGACAGUACGCCCUGUAUGGAUUUGCAGUACCUCCCACCUACGUGUGCUCAGACCUGCCCUGCCCUAACAGUGUGGACUGCUUUGUGUCACGACCCACUGAGAAAACAAUCUUUCUUAUCAUCAUGUAUGCAGUUUCCCUGCUCUGUCUGGCACUCAAUAUAUGGGAGAUGCUUCACUUGGGCAUAGGUACUAUCUGUGAGAUUGUACGCUCCCGUCGGGUGCAGCUCCCUGAUGAUGAGUUGUACGGACCGACACAGGGAAAAGGAGCUCUUAAAGAGGCAGGAUUGAGGGCAGAGGAUUACAGCAGCUACCCUUAUUCUUGGAAUGCACCAACAGCCCCACCAGGGUACAACAUUGCCAUCAAGCCUCUUUUGGUAUCUACAAGAAACCCUGACAGACCACUGCCCAUCACUGAUCUUACUAGUGCCAAGAUGGCAUGCCGGCAGAACCAUGUGAACAUUGCACAAGAGGAGCGUCAGCAGUACACCAAUAAUGAUGACAACCUUGGCAAAGCAGGGAUGGGAGAUGCCCCUAGAAGUGUUCAGAAGGACUUCCGUCCUCAGAACAUGCUGGAGGCUGACAGUCAGGCCUACAGCCAGCUUCAGAGCCACAGUAAUAACAACAGCAAGCCUCACCGUGAACGUAAACACCGGCAGGCCUACAAACACGCCUCCAGCAAAGCAGAUGCAGACAGAGGCAGCAGCAGCAGCACCACUAGUAGCAGCAAAUAUGGAGUGAUAAAAGGUUCUGAGUGGAUCUGAAGUGCAGACUCUGACUUUUUAUUCUUUAAACAAUGCCAAACCUCCUCACACCAAGACAGUAUUUACAUAUGUAUGUCCUAUAUUAAACUGUAUUAAAAAAUGACAGGACAGCCACUUUACAUUAUUUUUAAUGAUAUUCAUGCAAUUAAGGAAGUAAGUGAAAAUUAGUGCAAGGAACCACCAUAUACCAGCCCGCUGAUAGUUCUGUCAAAUAAAAACAAAACACUUAAAUAAUUUGUCACACUUCUAUAAACCUAGACAUCCCUCCCGAUAAUAAAUAGCAUAUUUAAUGCAGAUACAUUAUAUGAGUAUAAAAAUAUGUUAAUUCUAAUAGUUCAAAUAGAAAGUUGAUC